AUGGGAAGUCCUUUAACCCAUCAUGCCAGCCCCUUGUGCGCAGAUGCUCAGGUGGGCAUUGGGGUGGUGGCGCUGCGAAAGGUGACAUCUUCUGAGGGCAGUUCUGGAGAGACUGAGGUGCUACUGGUGCGCCGAGCAAAGGCACCAGAAGUGGGAAAGUGGACAUUUCCUGGCGGCAGCCUGGAAGUGGGCGAGACAAUGGUCGAGUGUGCUGUGAGAGAGGCAUAUGAGGAGACUGGCUUGAACCUGCGCAAUGAUCCGGAGACAGCUGGAGCGGUUGAGGAGAGGGAAGGAGGCCUGUCGAGUGGCCUUGAGGUGCCGACGCCUUUUGCAGCUGCAGAUGUGAUUGUCUAUGAGGACAGCGGACGCCUGGCUUUCCACUAUGCCAUUGUCGAGAUCAUGUUUGACAGGUGGCAGCUGUUCCAGUGGAUCCUAGUGCUCCCUUGGUACCUGGUGGUGAUGUGGAUGGAGCUCAACCUCACAAAGAACUCGGCCAAAAUUGCCGAGGAGGCUGCAUGGAGAUUUGCAGCCGCUCUUUGA